AUGGGCUGCAACAUGUGCGUGGUCAAACGUCCGGAGGAGCAGUACAGGAUCAUGUUCCAGCAAAAAGGCUGGAGCAACUCCCUGCGGCCGGUGGACAGACACGGAAACGUGAAGGCCAGAGGACGGCGACCCUCUCAGCUCCCACUAGACAGACCGCAAAACUCCCAGGAGUCUUUGCACCAACCCGGGUCGGCCCGCAAGAGUCACAGGAGGAAAGGUACGUUAGUGUGCAGCAGUAACGGGACCGGCAGCAGCUCCAUCUACUCUGUUGCCAUGGUGGCCAUCCCUGACUGCGUCGACAACGCCACGCAGACGGACAUCAGCUUCCAGAACAUCGUGACGCUGGGGAAGAGCAGAGGCCAUCACCACCACCACCACGGCCGGGGAGGCGGCUCCUCCUCCCCUCCGCCGCCUCCGCCCUCUCCUCCCCUCCCGCACCUCGUGGGACCGUACGGGAUCAAUGAGUUCUGUGUCUUUGAGUACAACGACCCCGACGAUUACUUCGACGUCUCGAACCACGAGGUGGACAGACAGGAUGACCUGGAGUACGAGGAGGUGGAGCUGUACAAAUCCAGCCAGCAGGAGAAGCUGGGUCUGACAGUCUGCUACAGGACGGACGACGAGGACGAUCUUGGGAUUUACGUCGGAGAGGUUAAUCCAAACAGCAUAGCAGCCAAGAACGGACGCAUCAGAGAGGGUGACCGAAUACUGCAGAUCAAUGGCGUGGACAUUCAGAACAGAGAGGAAGCGGUGGCCAUUUUGACCCGAGAGGACAGCAUCAACUUCUCGCUGCUGCUGGCCCGGCCUGAUACAGAGAACGAAAACCCUGCUGAUCCAGAGGAGGACAUGGAGCUGACUCUGGAAGGAGGAGGCUUCCACCCAAACCCUCGAGCCUCCUCCUGCUCCCUCCCUUCCUCCCACAUCUCUGGAUAUUAUCGCCUCUGCCGGGGGGGAGGAGGAGGCGGAGGAGGCGGAGGAGGCGGAGGCGGAGGCGGAGGCAGUGGCCUGGCCUGCCCGGGAGGAGGAGGAGGUAGAGAAGGUGCAGGGGGUGAUGUGGAUGUGGAGGAAGAAGAGGAUGAGGACGGGGAGGAAGGAGAGAGAGGAGAGAAGGAGGACAGAGACCCGCCCGUACCCCUCCCUCCCCUGCUGAGCCUGGCUCCUCUGCUGUCCAACAGCCAGGAGCUGGACAGCGGAGUGGGCCGGACCGACGACAGCACCCGCUACGAGGAGUCGUCCGAACACGACCUGCUGGGUGAUCAGACCAGCGCCUGUAACACCAACACCACCAACACACCAGGCAGCACCAGGAAGUUCAGACCAGGACCUAGCCCCAGACCCAGUCCCAGACCAAGCCCCGGCCUCGGCCCCAGUCCCGGGCACGGCCGAGGAGACACCACCCCUCCUUUCCUCCACCUACGAGACCUGCAGCUCAGCACCGACUCCCUCCCCGGCAUGGACUGGGCAGCUGGAGGAGGGACAGGAGGAGCGGCGUACAGUCCUCACCACCAUCACCACCACAAGCACUACCACCACCAUCACCAUCAGCCCCCUCUGACGAUGAUGAUGCCGGGCUUGACGGAGGAGGAGUGCCAGCGAUACCAGGAGCUGCUGGAGAUCAAGUGCCAGUACGAGAGACAUAACGAAAAACAGCAGCGAGAAGCGGCGAAAAGCGAACGCGAUGGCGCUGAAGCAGAGGUGGAAGACCGGGAGCAGAGAGAAGAGGCAGAGAAGGAGGGAGAGGAAGAAGCUCCACGCUCUUCUUCGGCGGAGGACCUGAAAUGCAAUGUGACUUUAAGUGAGCACGAGAUGGCGCUGAUCGAGGAGGAGUUGCGCCACCUGGAGUUCAAGUGCCGCAACAUUCUCCGAGCGCAAAAGAUGCAGCAGCUCAGAGAGAGAUGUCUGAAAGCCUGGAUGAUGGAGGAGGAGACGGCGGCAGCUGGAGCGGGGCGACCGGGACCUCCUGAAGCAGGUCUGGAUAACGCUAACGAUGACGAUGAUAACGACCCUCGUCACCACGAGCUGUCGGCCAUCAACGAGCUGCCGGAGCGAGAGCGGUCGGACGACAAAGACAGCACCAGCGCCUACAACACCGGAGGAGAGAGCUGCCACAGUACGCCAUUGGUCAGCACAGAGCAGAUCCCGCCUCUCCAGGAAGAGGAGGAUGAAGGAGGGAGACGACUGAUGUCUCCGCCUCCUCUGCUCCCCCUCGGUCGCCUCCCCCCUCUGAACUCCCCCCUCACCCCGCGGCGUCACAGGCGGGACCGAGACAGAGAGAGACGUCACUCGAACCUCAGCUGCUCCUUCUCCCCCAGCACGUACAGGAAGUACGAAACAGCCAAUGGUAACGUGGCAAACGGCUCAAGCUCCACCCCCUCGACACCCUCCAAGUUCAGGUCUCUGACCAGAGAGGUGGGGUCUUCUCCGAGAAGGGGUGUGGCUGAUGGAGGGCGGGGCUCCAGAGCAGGUGGAGCCGCUGACAGGCCCGGAGGUGGGAGUGCGGAGUCCAGUCCCUACUUCACCCGAAGACACCACAGCCACAGCAAACCAUUAGAGCGCUACCAGAGCUGCAUGACCCUGCCCUCUGAGGGCCUGGUGGACCCACUGGACAGAGUGAGAGACAGAGCGAGGGCCGAGGGCGAGGAGCGAGGGAUGGGCACAGGCAGCAGCGGCCCAGCCAGCCCCAGGAGUGUGAACAGUGCCCCCUGUGGUCUGGAGGACCACCGUACGGGCGCAUCGCGGUUAGGACUGGCCUUACCGCUCGGGCUGACACACUCAUCACCAACUGGCUCACCACAACGCAUGGAGUGGAAGGUAAAGAUCCGGAGCGACGGCACUCGCUACGUGGCCAAGCGGCCGGUGAGGGAUCGUCUCCUGAAGGCCAGAGCCAUGAAGAUCAGAGAGGAACGCAGCGGCAUGACGACCGACGACGACGCCGCCAGUGAGAUGAAACAGGGCCGAUACUGGAGCAAAGAGGAGAGGAAGCAGCAGCUGCUGAGAGCCAGAGAGUACCGACGAAGAAGAGAGUUCAUGAUGCAGAGCCGCCUGGACUACCUCAGAGGAGACAGGGACUCCUCAUCAUCAGCAGGGGGUGCUUACGACCCCCGAUCAUCCCAGAUCGCUCAGCCUCACCCCCGGCAGGACUUGCCCAGCAACAACAUCCUGUUACUGAGCCAGAAGAAGAUCAUGAAGAAGAGGAACCGCCGAAUCCUGGACAACUGGAUCACCAUCCAGGAGCUGCUGGCUCACGGCUCGAGGUCGCCCGACGGAAAGAAAAUAUACAACCCUCUGCUGUCUGUGACCACGGUUUGA